ACCAAACACAAUGGUGCCUAGCCGCUUUGCUCUGCCGUCGAACGUUUCCCGACCAAAGAAACUUUGUCAAUAUGCACUGCAACUAUGUAGCUGACGUUUGCAGCCGUCCCCUGCAACGUAGAUGGUUAGAUGUCGCCGGAGCUGUCAGGAAGUUAGCGUUAGCUGUUUUAUAAGGUUUGGUUCCGACAUGAAGAAAUGGCCGCGCGUGUUCCUGUUUUUGUUGGCGCUAGGAGUGUUCAUUCCGAUGUUGGUGUUGGUCUACACUACGUCAUGGCAGCAGACGACUUCAGAGAACAACGUCAACAUAGGUAUAUAUAAGGGCAGCCGACUGAUGAAUGAAACAAAUGACAAGCAUAAAAAUCCCCUGCAUAAUUGGAUGAGGUCCAAGUGCGAUGCCUUACAGCUACCACAGGACCAAACCAUGAAAAUCUUCACCCUGAACCACAUCAUCGUCAACCACAAGCACAAAGUGCUGUACUGCCAGGUUCCCAAGGUGGCCAGCACCAACUGGCUCCGAGUGUUCAUCUUUUUGUCGGGGAAGGUGAAGGCCACGAAUCUGAUGGCUCUCAAGGCAUCCGACGUGCAUGGGCAAUACGAUCACCAUCUGACCUACCUGAGUGACCUGAAUACAGACGAGAUAAGAGUUGUUAUCAGAGAGUACUUCAAGUUCAUCAUUGUUCGAGAACCGUUUGAGAGGCUCUUGUCAGCGUACAGGAACAAGCUGGAAGCUCAGACUAAUUCCAGCAGGUUUUUUCACUUGAGGUUCGGCAGGAAGAUAAUAAAAAGAUACAGAGACAGUCCUAGUGAGCAGUCUUUGGAGAAAGGGAACGAUGUGACGUUCCCGGAGUUUGUCAAGUAUAUUCUGGACCAUGACGGGAUGGAGGAGUUCAAUGAACACUGGGCCCAGUUGUACAACCUCUGUAUGCCGUGCGUCAUCAACUACAGCUUUGUGGGCAAGUAUCACCGGAUACAGCAGGACUCCAAACAGAUUCUGGAGACCAUCAACGUAGCAGACAUGAUCCAGUUUCCCCCCAGGUCAGCGUCGUACAAACACAAGAAAACUGAAGGGUUGCUCCUCCACUAUUACAAAACAAUUCCUAGAAAACACUUGCAACAACUGUGGAAGGUCUACCACUUAGAUUUUGUGCUCUUUAAUUAUACUGUUCCAUCAAGUAUGCAGUCAUUAUUAGGUCUGGUUACCUAGACAGGUGGACUCGUUGAUUAUACUGUUGUAUUACAUAUAGUCAUUGGAUCUGGUUACCUCGACAUUUGGUCUCUUUAAUUAUACUGUUCCAUCAAGUAUGCAGUCAUUAUUAGGUCUGGUUACCUAGACAGGUGGACUCGUUGAUUAUACUGUUGUAUUACAUAUAGUCAUUGGAUCUGGUUACCUCGACAUUUGGUCUCUUUAAUUAUACUGUUCUAUCAAGUAUAAUCAUUAAAGCUGCAUCCUAACCGGACGUGUGCGAUGCGAGUGAUUUUUUUAGAAUCCAUUGAUUUCAAUUGCUGCGUACGUAUAUGGCAUGACAGAUUGAUGUAGUCAAGCGUGCGACACAAUACCGAUAGGAAUUGUUUCUAUUUUUUGUCAUGCAACAUGAUCGACAAACAUAUAUUAACUAAUCAAACAACUUUUACUUGGCGGUUUCAUCUGUUGAUAACAAUUUAAAAAAGAAGACUGUCAUUAUGAUCGCGUCUGGUUAGGAUAGAUAGUGUUGUGUCGCUCGCAUCGCUCACUCGCGUCGCACGCGUCAGGUUAGGAUACAGCUUAAGUCUGGUUACCUAGACAUUUGGUCUCUUUAAUUAUACAGAGGUUACUGUACAUGUAUAUUAUGAAAGUCAUUGAUAACCAUGACAGCAAAGUUUAUUUUAGUCACUGCUUUCUACACUUACAUGAUUUUCAGUACAGUCACUGGUAACCAUGACUACAUGGUUUUGUUCUUGUUUAGUAGGCUACACAGUGAAUGGUUGCCACAACAACCUGAACCUUUCGACUUAUGGUACCACAUCAUCAAGUGUACAGCAAUUUGGAUACGGAUUUUACUUAUGGUAUAAGUAAGUCACAAGUGUGAAUUUGUUAUCGGUCACUGUGGUGUGAACUACCAGUAUCAGCUCAGUUGAACAUAUCACAAACAUUUGAGACUUGAUCAUCUUAGUUAUUGAUAUAUACACAGUAUAUAUAGAUGUAUCAUAACAUCAAUACAAAUUAUAUAUAUAUAUAUAUAUAUAUAUCUAUAUAUAUAUAUAAAUUAUAUAUAUAUACAUUUUCUACACAACCUCUAUAUAUAUAUAUAUAUAUAUAUAUAUAUAUAGAGGCUGUGUAGAAAAUUUAAUAUAUUAAAGUCACAGAUCCUAGUCUGAACACAUGAAAAUAGGCACAAAGUUUGGUUAAUGUACAAACCCGUAACACAUCUAGAUAAAGUUGUAACAGAGAGACAAAGAGUCUGUGAUGUUGAAAUGGGGAAGUACCCUCUACAGGGUUUCUACCAGAGGGUAAAAUGGGUAUGGCGCCAUACUCAAAUAUUUU